AUAUUGCAACACUUUUUAAUUUAUUAAUGUGAUUACUCUCAGUCUAUUAAAAACUGUUGCUAUACAAAAAAUAUGGCGACACUUUUCAAUGACUAAGUCAAAGAUGCUAUGUGGCAACAGUUACUAUCCUAUUUAAAAAAAAAGAAUGGGUGUUGAAAAAAAUCUGUAGGCGGGUCGUCAUUUGGUAAAAUUUCAGUAGGAGGUUCAAUAUUUUGCUUUCCCACUCUCUUUUCAUCUUUUCUUAGUGUUCUAUAAAAUUCCCAAAUUCUCGUUAAAAAAAAUCCCCAAAUUAAACCUAAAUUCGUUUCUCUCUCCUCACUUUCACUUCUCAAACUACAAUUAAUUGGUGAAUUUAGCUGAUUUUUCAAAGAUUGGGCAAAAGGGGGCCGAAUAUUCACAGUUUAGCGGAUUAUUUAUGCUAUUUUCAAGAUCGACAUACGAGGAAUUGACAUAAAUUAAGUUAUGGAUCAUAAUUGGAUGAACUAUCCUAGAAGUUCGGAGGACUUUAAAGUUGCGUUGAAUUUUUUUCUUGAUGAUUCUUUUGCCAAGGACGCCAUUGGAGAUCAAAUAUUUUUGCCCUGUAAAACGUGUUCGAGGCGUUUUUGCCAUUCUAGAGAUGACGUCUAUGAUCAUUUGAUUGUUAAUGGAUUUGUGAAGGGAUUCAAGGAGUGGGUCUUGCAAAGGGAGGGAUAUUCUUUUACAAAUAAUGAUAGGCAAAAUGUGCAUGAAGUAAAUAAUCAAAGUACACAUGAUGAUAUUGAUGGCUUACUACAUGAUACUUUUAGAGAUGUCGGUGAAGGUCUAAAUAGAGAUCACGAGGUUAAAAGUGAGCCAAAUGAGGAGGCUAGAAAGUUUUUUCAUUUAGUGGAAGAAGGAAAGAAAGAGUUAUAUCCAGGUUGUAAAACUUUCUCGAAAUUGUAUUUCAUAAUUCGUUUGUUUCUCUUUAAGUGCCUUAAUGACUUAAGUAAUGUAGCCUUUGGUGAUCUUUUAGAGCUAUUAAGAGAGGCAUUUCCAAUGGCCGAACUUCCUAAAUCAUUUAAUGAAGCUAGGAAUAUAGUGAAGAAUUUGGGUGAAUAGCCAAGGUCGAAAGCGUAGAUGGGAUAGUGCACAAAGUCAUAGCAAAGAUUUUAUUGAUUGGUUUUUUUGAAAAAGUACAAAGGGAGCAGGUUAAUGGGGAACUUUUUUGGUUGGCUAAGGGUCCUAAUCCCAAGGCCAGGAGCUACACUGGGUAUUUUAUCAAUGGUUAUAGGUUUUACACUAGAGAACGUGAUUCACGAUUAAAGACUCAAAAUAGUGGAGUGAUUUUGAUAGCUUUGACUUCAAGUUUUGCCAGUUCAAGGGAUCGAAAUCCCGUCGACGGAGAUGUUACCUAUUAAGGUGUAAUAGAAGAAAUUUUUGAGUUGGACUUUUGGUCUCAAUUCAGCGUUGUGUUAUUUAAGUGUGAUUGGUUUCUUAGUGAUAUUGAUGAAUUUGGGCUUACAUAUGUCCCUUUCAAGAAGAAAUGUUCCAAAGAUGAUCCAUUUGUAUU